AUGCCUUCAGAGCCUUUGCUCCAUCACACAGGUGUAGGCAACACUGUUCCAGCCUUCACAAUGAUCAACGGGUUUCUUUACCAGAUAGUGCUCCUGCUGAGCUUCACCUCCAUGGCUCUUUUCAAGAGCUGCAGCUUGCUUCAACUCCAGCAAAGCAGUUUGGCAUGCCAGAAGCUUCUGGCACAAUUGACUGGAAGGCCUGAACAUUGCCUUGAUGACAGAAUGGACUUCAAGUUACCUGAAGAGAUUAAGAACCUGCAACAGUCUCAAAAGGUAGACACUAGCUUUGUCGUCUAUGAAAUGUUGAAGAACAUCUUUGAAAUUUUCAGAAAGGAUACUUCGAACACUGGAUGGGAUGUGGCCAUCAUCAAGAAGCUUUUCACUGAACUUAAUCAGCAGCUGGACCGUCUGGAGAAAAUUCUGGAAAGAAAAAUAGAAGAGGAAAAUUUAACCUGGGGAAAUGUAAGGACCUUUCUGCGGCUGAAGAGCUAUUAUUGGAAUAUUGUGAGAUACUUGAAGAACAAGGAAUACAGCAUCUGUGCCUGGACAAUAGUCCAAGUGGAAAUCCUCAGGAACUUUUCUUUCAUAAACAGUCUUACAGAGGGCUUGGAGAACUGA